CCUCACUAACCCACCCAACCCAGGUCAAAUUCAACCCUCAAAUCUGCAACCAUGGGUGCCCUUAAGUACGUCGAGGAGCUUCAGAAGAAGAAGCAGAGCGAUGUCCUGCAGUUUCUGCUGCGCGUUCGCUGCUGGGAACUCCGUCAAUUGAACGUCAUCCACCGCGCCUCGCGCCCCUCUCGCCCCGACAAGGCUCGCCGCCUUGGAUACAAGGCCAAGCAGGGCUAUGUCAUCUACCGCGUCCGCGUCCGCCGUGGUGGUCGCAAGCGCCCUGUCCCCAAGGGUGCCACUUACGGCAAGCCUACCAACCAGGGUGUGAACCAGCUCAAGUACCAGCGUUCCCUCGCCGCCACCGCCGAGGAGCGUGUCGGCCGCCGCUGCGCCAACCUGCGCGUCCUGAACUCGUACUGGAUCAACCAGGACUCCACCUAUAAGUACUACGAGGUCAUCCUCGUUGACCCUCAGCACAAGGCCAUCCGCAUCGAUCCCCGCAUCAACUGGAUCGUCAACCCCGUCCACAAGCACCGCGAGGCCCGUGGCCUGACUGCUACCGGCAAGAAGUCCCGCGGCCUCAACAAGGGCCACCGCUACACCAAGACCAAGGCCGGCCGCAGAAAGACCUGGAAGAAGCACAACACCCUGUCCCUGUGGCGUUACCGAUAAGCGGCUCGCCCCUGAUACGGCUGCUGUUUGGGAGGGUGAUGUUAGGUGGAAUCUCGGAUUGCUUGGACUGGAGAUUAUGGUUCUCUUGCUCCUCGAGGUUUUCUCCUGGUUUGUAAAAACUAGGGCAAGGGAGUUGGUCAAAACCAAAAUGAGGGUCAUUUCAUUUUCAGGGCACUGCAUGGAUGCGGAUCUUGGGCGUUUACGAUAGCAAAACAAAAAGAGCAAAUCGAAAAUACCACGACUUACGGCAUUGCUGCCCGACCCAG